AUGGAGCACUCAGUGAUGAGGAAACUCGUUAAUUGUUUUGGUGCAACAAAGAAACCUCUUUUGGUGGUUAUUGCUGGCCUGUCUGUGCUCGUGCUCGGAUUGCUUAUUGCAGUUAUCGUUCUUGCUAUACCGAAGCCAGAGAAGACAACCAUAAAAGACACAGCAAAUUACUGUUUUAAAAGUCACUGUUUGUCGGCUGCAUCGGAAAUUCUGGAAUCAAUCAACACCUCGGUCAAUCCAUGUGACGAUUUUUAUGCACAUGCCUGUGGCUCGUGGAUUAAGACCCACCAAAUUCCACCCGACGAGAAGAGCAUUGGCACUUUUAAAAAGGUUCGAAACCUCGUGAAUAAGCGUAUAAUUGAUUUAUUACAGGAAAGCACAACAGAUGGAGAACAUAUGGCGGUCAAAAAGGCAAAGACACUUUUUCAGUCCUGCAUGGAUUUGGAUGCCAUUGAGAAAUAUAGUAAAAAUCUCAUCAUGGAAGCCAUCCUCACAAUGAGUAAUCAAACAAAUUAUGUGGACUUAGUCAAUAUGUUAAUCAGCUUCGGGGCAAAUACCUUGGUUCCAGCUUUUGUUGCGCCAGACCCCAAAAAUGUGACGCGUAACAUCAUUUCUGUGACUCAUAUAGGUUUAAUAUUGGGAUCAAAGAAGUACUACAAUCAAUCGACGUCAGGUUUUGCAGCCUUCCGAAAUUUGAUUGAGGGGUUUUCCGAUGUCCUGGGAAAUUUUACAGACGAAGUCAUUAACUAUGAACUAAAGUUAAAAGACAUUUAUACGGACUUCUCACAGAAUGUGUCAGAAAACUAUAACCUGAUGACCAUCGAAGAACUUCAUAAUCACACAGAGAAUCAAGUGGAAUGGCUAAAAAUCUUCCAGAAGGCAAUCAACAAUUCAGGUUCACAUGUACAAGUGGAUGAAAAAACUCAAGUCUUGGUGUAUUUUCCGGGCUAUAUUAAGAAAUUGGCAGGUAUUUUGAAUGCCACUGAUGUUAAAACUUUGAUAAGGUAUGCAGCAGCCCGUUAUAUUAUACAAUAUAUUGACGCAAUGCCAUCUAAAUAUAGAAAAUUAAAGCUUAAUCUAGAUAAGGAACUGUAUUCUGUGAAGGCAGCUGCCCCACGAGAAUAUACUUGCGCUGUAUACGUAAGGAAUGAAAUGUCUAAUAUUGUGAGCCGUCUUUAUGUCGAUAAGUACUUCCCGAAAUCAGCAAAAAAGCGGGCUAUCCAGUUGGUACAUAGUCUUCGGGAAGCGAUGGAAAAAAUGUUUAAGGAAACUAAAUGGAUGGAUGACGCAACUCGUCAGGCCGCCAUUGAAAAGGUUGAAGCUGUCCUUUAUUUUAUUGGAUAUAAGGAAUCCAUCAAAGAUGAUUCUACACUCGGUAUGAUUUUCCAUGACAUCAACUUCACAACAGAUGGUUUCUUGGAAAAUUUGAUGAGCAUCAAUAUGCUGUAUAGUCAUUAUGCGUUUUAUCACUUAAAUAUUACUAACAACCGAACAAUUGGGAGACAUUUGAACGCAGCUGUCGUCAAUGCAUUUUAUAGCCCGAGCCAGAAUUCAAUAAGUAAGUGA